GCCAUUCAAGCCAAUCGGGCCAACCCAGCCAGUCCAGUUAUCUGGGACAAUCUGAUAGCCAUCCAAUCUACCUUCGGGCAUGUCAUUCGUCUUACCAGCUUAUCGGCCAGAAGUCCCUCCUAUUUAUUCGUCUCAUUUUAGCCAGCUACCUCUCGACUGUAUUCGGAGUGACGCUCAAGUAUAGGCUCGAAACGGAAGAUACACAUAGCCCCUGGCGCCUCUUAUUUCAGUUCUCGGCCGUCUCUUUCGGUUUACAAUAGGCAUGGCAUCUACAGACGACGCUCUGGACUGCGAUGCAUCUCAUUUUCCCAAGGGCAAUUGAAGUAGAUCCCAACGACUGCGAGGGACACAAGUUCAAAGCUUACUCCCUCCGCUUCUUGUCGCCACCGAACAGAGCUACCUGCCGCACACGCCGGUACCUUUUCAGCCUGUAUUAUACGGUUGCUCAGGUCUUCCCGAUCAUGAAUACCCUGAUCUACUGGGGUUGUCUUGUCCCUUCUGGACAUGGCGGUUUCGCACCGCCGAGACUACCACACGGUCCUCAACAUCCGCCUUUUGGCAAUAACGAAACAUUGGAAUACUAUCCAGACAAGGGACUUUUUGAUCAAGACCCUAUUAAAGCAUUCAGUAUCAUCAACGUCUGGUCGAUUACAUCGGUUGUGGCAUUCAUCGAGGUAUUCUUCCUCAAUAGCAUCCGCCGGCCAACUUCCGUUGUCGGUCAUGCGGCUGGAGUCAUGUUUUGUAGCGGCGCGUAUCUUUUGUGGGCAGAGAUUGGUAAACUUGCCACGGGUCACUCUGGGCUCUUCUUCUUAGACCCCGACAUCAUCAAAGAUAUGCCGCAAGCCAUCAUCGCCGCGGGUGUCGCCUUUAUCGCGAUGUCCCCUGGAGUUUUUACAUACGUGUACGGAUUAAUCGCUAUGCGUGAAACGAUUACAGCGGUGCGUCAUGAUUCGUCCUACUAAGCAAGACGUCCCUCUUAUACCGAGGAGGGUAUGAGUAUGACCUGACCAGAUGGCUUAUGAGAAUGGGAUAAAAAUUGGCAUUAUUUAUUGGACAACAGUAUCCAAGUUGGGCAUAAAUGCCUAUCAUAAAUUG